CAAAAGAAUCGUUCGCCUCGGCCACCUUCCCCCUAUUGUUUAUUUCCAGAAAACCUCUCUCUCUCUCUCUCUCUCUCGCUUCCUCUCUAGCCAGUCAUGGCUCUGCACCAGCACCAUCAAUUCCAACAACAACAAUCAUCGAAACCCUUCGGGUAUUUACACAGCAUCGACGGUCAGAUUCCGCCUCCUGCCGCCUUUUUCAACGCCCCUAAUCUCCUCGAUCACUCUCACCACCCUCCUUACAUCCCUCCAUUCCAUGUGGUAGGGUUUGCACCCGGUCCGGUUCCUGCGGCGGAUGGGAGUGACGGGGGAGUUGAAUUGCCGUGGAACUAUGGUUUGGAACCAAGCAAAAAGAGAUUGAAGGAGCAGGAUUUCUUGGAGAACAAUUCGCAGAUGUCAUCGGUGGAUUUUUUCAAUCAAGCACGAUCGGUGUCCACUGGUUUAGGUUUAUCACUUGACAACGGUCGAUUGGCUUCGUCAGGUGACUCGCCUUUUCUUGGCCUUAUCAUUAAUGAUGAGAUUGAUCGUGAGUUACAGAGACAAGAUGCUGAGAUUGAUAGAUUCCUUAAAGUUCAGGGUGAUCGACUGCGGCAAGAAGUUGUGAAGAAGGUUCAGGAUAACCAACUUCAAACUCUCUCGUUUGUUGAAGAAAAAGUCCUUCGCAAACUUCAUCAGAAAGAAGCGGAGGUGGAAAACAUUAACAAGAAGAAUGCAGAACUUGAAUUGCGAAUGGAACAGUUGGCAGUGGAAGCGGGUGCUUGGCAACAAAGGGCGGAAUACAAUGAAAAUGUAAUUAACACCCUCAAGUUCAAUCUUCAACAAGUCUAUGCACAAAGCAGAGAUAGUAAGGAAGGGUGUGGUGAUAGUGAGGUAGAUGAUACAGCCUCUUGCUGCAAUGGUCGCACUACUGAUUUUCACCUUCUCUGCAAGGAGAACAAUGAGCGGAAACUGUUGAUGACUUGUAAGGUUUGUAGAGUUAAUGAAGUUUGCAUGCUUUUAUUACCUUGUAAGCAUCUGUGCCUGUGUAAAGAAUGCGACAAUAAGCUUAGUCUAUGUCCCUUGUGUCAGUCUGCCAAGUUCAUGAGCUUUGAGGUCUAUAUGUAAUGAGAUAACAUGAAAGUCCUGUGUCAUGUUAAACUUAUAUGCUGUGUAAUUGUUGAUUUGGUGAUUUCUUA